UAAAGCCGUGCGCGUGAGUGAUUGACAGUUCUACAUUGUUUUGUUUUGAUAUCAAUUGUUGGGAGUUCAUAUUAUCGCAAAUACACAAUUGAAUCACUGUACAAGGGUACAAGUAUACUACCCCAUUGUAAUGGUUUGCAAACAGGCCGUUUUGAGUAGAACCACACUCCCUUGGACGCACCUGAAACAACUUAUACAGCGAUUGUCUGACGAAUGAUGAAUGAAUGUGAAUGUCGGAUUGUAUAGUAGGAAUACUUACUCCUCAGAGGCUCGUAGUAGUCCGUGCAAUGAAAGAUUUCCAAAGCUUGCCACCUCCCUGAACUCGACUGGUCCAUUGAUGAUUAAAGGUGUAGCAAUUUCUUGUGGCACGGAUACGCUCAUAUAGUUAACGCAGAUUUCGUUCAAGUCUAAAUUAUUCACACGUCCCUACAUGAAGCAGAUUAUUCUGUUGUAAAAUAUAUUCUAUGUGUUAAAUGCUUUCUCACCUUCACAUAAACGUUUCCAGCGAAGUGAACCUGAUCGAAGCGAUACACACCCGUCAACACCUCGUCCCGAUUAGUAAGCCAAACAUCACGAUGUAAUUUCGCUAGGUCGUGACCGUUCAGCCGAAUCACGUCCGGUUGCUGGUAGAAGUGUACGUUACCAUGAACUUCCAGAUUCACGGGACGUUCGUAGCCACUGCUGCUCACAAACUCGCGUAGUUUUGCAUAAUUCAUCCCAUUCAAACUGUUCCCGAUGUCGAUUCCAUUGCUCACUGAGAGACUUCCCUCGAGGCGAACUUCCUGAAGGUACUGUCGCUCUCGGGAGUCAGUCAGCAGUACAUCAGUGCUCAAGUUUAAGCCGGAAACGAGACCGUACACCGUUACCGGUUGGUACGACACCAAGCCUUGGUCUGGGAAGUCGAGCAAUUUUGUAGACAUUUUAUUGAAUCAAAGCGUAUGUAUUACUUACGAAACACUGCGUUUUCCACGUGCUCUUCACGAUUCAGAAAGUACACAUCCUCCACUAAUUCUUCCAGUUUAACUCCGUUGAAAUACCCGUUCAAAUAUACCUGAUCUGCGAUAACAUUUUCAAAUAUUUGUGGCGCGGUGAAUGUCUGGUUAUACUCUGUCAGAAGCCAUGAGCUUCCGAAUUCGUCUUUGCGUACUCCGUUGAUAGAUCCAUUGAAGAACGCAUUCCGAACAGUGAUCGGAUGCUUUAGAAUCAGUGUAUCUUCCACAAAAAUGUCCUUCUCAACCGGGUCUCUGAUUUUCUUCAGCCCUAUCAGAUCCACACCGUUUAGUGUUGCUUGAUCGUGUAGGAUCAACUUCCCGACGGUAACAUUAUAGAAGUUUUUGGGUCCACUCACGACCACCGUUUCUUCGCUGGGGUAAUCUUUUCGCAAAGUGUCCGCUAACAUCUGCUCGAGAUCAUACGAGUAAAUGGUGGAUCCGUUGUGCAGUUCCAAAUCUACCACAUUCAGGUUGCCACGGAUCGUUAACUUGCACUUCUCUAGUCGUACCUUUUAGAGUGAGGACUUUUAUCAGUAUAUAAGUAAUAAACACACCCCUAAAGACAAUAGCAAAUGCAACUAGGCAGAGAGAGAGAGAGAGUCAGUCCGAGCCAAUCCUUUGUACAACUAAGAAGCAAAUAAAUGUUAUCCAGAAUAAAAGAGUAAACGGAUCGUUCUUGUUAUUACUGGGCCGGAUUCUCGAAUACAUUACAUUGGCGACGAGCCUGGAAGCUUCAGCAGCGCAUUACAGCGUGCGGAUGUGGCGGUAAUCGUGAGAAAUCGAAUUUAUGGCAACAAACGAGACGACACACCGUUCAAAAGGCGUCAAAAGGCAGUCCGAACGUGGAGGGCAGCAAUAUUGCGGCCCCAACGGAAAUUGUACGCAAUUCCAUGGAAGACGAAAAUCUGCAGGUGAAUCUUCUGAAGGAGUGUCUACGCAAGCAGUUGGACGAAUUUCACAUGCUUCUGUCGAUCUUUUGCAAUCCAGGCGAACUGCACGUCGACGAUUACAGUUUUGUGGAUAACAUUAACUCGUACAUUGAAGGUGAAACGGCGCGAUUGAAUGCAAAAUUAGACUACCAAUUGAAUCUACCUCUGCUGGAGGGGGAAAAAGUGCAAAUUCGUAUCGAGCUACCUCAUUUCUACCCGGGCAUAGAAAUACCAAUUUUUGUUGUUCGAUCUGCAUGCUUUCCCCGGGAUCAGGAACGAAUGAUAACCGAACGAAUUGAGCGGUUCAUCGAGCGAGAAGUGUUGGAUCCCAGCGAAGCCUAUGUGUAUCAGGUAAUUUCAUGGAUUCAAGAUAACUUUGAAGAGCUGAUCAGAUUCGAGGAGAAUGUUAAACCAUCCGAUCACGAACAUAACGGAUCCAACAAAUCUGACGAUUCGGCUACUUUCGAGAGAUUAUGGAUAUACUCGCACCAUUUGAAGAGUAAAACAAAACGUCAGACGAUCCUGAAAACCGCAAAAGACCUGGAGUUAACGGGCUUCUCGAGACCCGGCAAACCAGCGAUUAUCUGCGUCGAGGGCCAUCAAAAGGAUACGCAAGAAUUCUGGCGCACUAUUCGGCCCCUGAAGUGGCAAAAGAUACAAGUCAGAUUAGCUGAAACUGAAAUGGUGGACACGCCGAUUAGUUUCGAUGACAAUCGUAGAUUUGUUGGCUUCCGAGAAGAGCUACUAACAGAAUUGAGCAAUGAGAACGAAGAGGAAGUGCCUAUGAGUAUGAGUUUAUUCAUGAAGUUUUUGGACAGGCAUGACAGUGGGUAUAUUCGGAAAGAGCUCUUCGGUUUUGAACAAGUGGAUGGUGUUCUAUGAGAAAAGAGCGCGCUUUUGUUUUUGUUUGUUUGAAAAUACAAUUUUUGAAUUCUA